AUCGCAUGGUUCAUGGAUGAGAAAAUAUGGUGGUAACGAAAGAGUUGAUGGAAAGGUAAAAGCACAUGAACACAAAGAACUUAUAAAAUUGUAUAUUUGUUAGAAUUAAAUCAUGGGAAAGUUAAAUGUCACGAUGUUGCGUUAUUUAACGCGGGAAGAUUUCCGUGUAUUAACGGCAAUUGAAAUGGGUAUGAAAAAUCAUGAGCUUGUACCAGCUUCACUUGCUGCGCAAAUAGCAAAUUUGCGUUAUGGUGGUGUUCAUAAAUUGUUAAAGGAAUUGUGUAAACAUCGAUUACUCAGUUAUGAAAGAGGGAAACAUUAUGAUGGUUAUCGUUUAACAAAUGCUGGUUAUGAUUACUUAGCUCUAAAAGUACUGGCACAAAGAGGUGUUGUUGGUUCUUUUGGAAAUCAAAUAGGUAUUGGAAAAGAAUCUAACAUUUAUGUAGUGGCAGAUGAAGAAGGAAAUCCAAUUUGUUUGAAAUUACAUAGAUUAGGUAGAACAUGUUUCCGAAACAUCAAAGGAAAAAGAGAUUAUCAUCAACAUAGAAAGUCUGCAUCCUGGUUAUAUCUGUCUCGAAUAUCAGCAACAAGGGAAUUUGCCUAUAUGCAAGCACUCAUGGAUAGAGGAUUUCCAGUACCAAAACCAAUUGAUUUUAAUCGACAUUGCGUUGUUAUGGAGCUGGUUGAAGGUGGACCUUUAUGUGAAGUUCAUGAAGUAAGUGAUGUGGAAGAAUUGUAUGACGAAUUAAUGAAUUUAAUCGUCAAAUUUGGAAAUCAUGGUGUUAUCCACGGUGAUUUUAAUGAAUUUAAUAUUUUGAUUACGAAUGAUGGUAAACCGAUUAUUAUUGAUUUUCCACAAAUGAUUUCUACCGAGCAUGAAAAUGCAGAACUUUAUUUUGAACGUGAUGUCAAUUGUAUUCGUGAUUUCUUUAGAAGAAGGUUUGGAUAUGAAAGUGAACUUUACCCAACAUUUAAGGAUAUUCUACGAGAAGAUUGUGUUGACAUAGAAAUUAAAGCUAGUGGUCUAACAAAACAAAUGGAAAAAGAUGUUUUAAUAGAAAUGGGUUUUGAAGCGAAAGAAAAUGAAGAAACUUGUAAGAUUGAUAAUGAUGAUUAUGAUGACGACGAGGACAAUGAUGAUGAUGUCGAUGUUAGUGCUGGUGAUAAUGCUAAUGAUAAUAGUAAAGAGUCCAAUUUCGAAAAUGAUAUAGAUGAAUUACGAUUACGAGUGGAACAAUCGAUGCAAGAAGUUGAUUUAUCAGAAGAAAAUGUUAAUGAAGAUCUAAGAAUUGCUAGAAGUUCUGCUACAACUAUUAUAUCACCAGAUGAUAUAAAAAAGAGAACAAAACGAUCUUUAGAAAAACGAGAAAAAAAGAAUCUUUCUAGAAAGAUUUUAGUAAAAGGUGAAGCUAGUGCAGUGACUAGAGUUAGAAGGGAAAAUAGAGAUAUUAUCAAACAAUCAACGGUAGGUAUAUGGGGUUGUGAAUAAUGUAAGAUUGUUAUUAUUUUUUUAAAAAAUUAUAACAAUAAAAAAAUAAAUGUCUUUUUACUGCAUGAAAGUAGAUAAGUAAUAAAUUGGAUUUGUAUAAUUUACUUAUUUCAUCGUACACAUCACACUUUUAACUUAUAUUUUAUGUUUUGUAUUAAGAUUGAAUUUGUUUACAAUUCUAUGCCUUUUAUAAUGGAUUUUACUUUCUGUUAGAAUUUUUAUUUAUAGGUUUCAAGUGUAGUAAUGUCUAAUCGCAAUAUGGCUAAUCGGUAUAGCUUGAAAGCAAUGAAUUGUAACGUGAUUUUAUUAUUUUCUCUUCAAUACAACGAAAAUAUUGUCAAGUAAACUAUUUUUUUUUUAGUUUUACUUUUUAUUUUAUUCAAAUAUAAAAUUCUGUAUACAUAUUUUUGAUCUUGUAACUUAUUUCUUGAUCUUGUACUUUAUAUCUACGGUAGAAAAUAUAUUUUGCUUGCUUACAACAGAUGGCGUCACAGUAAUUCCCUUUAUACAAAAAAUUUUGGUAAAAUAUAAUUUUUUUUUUUUAUAUGAAAUAAAAAAAACAUUAUUAUUGAAUAUUUUUUAGCUCCGAUUUUGUAAUUGGAAUUUUUCGAUUUGCAUCUGAUAAAUAAGCUAAAUUUAUUGCUGCUAACUUUUAAGUGUUUAUGAUUUCAUUUUUAAUUAAAGUUUAUAUUUAUAAUUUUUAUUAAUAAAUAAUUACAAAUGCUAUAUAUCAGGAAAAGUAUAUAUGUUAAAGUUUUAUGACAAUAACAGAAAGAAAUAAUAAGCUUUUUUGAUGGAAGAAAUGUAGAAGUCGUUUUAAAUGUAAUUGAAAAAAAUUUAAUAUAUACUUUGAACGACUGUAAGUUUUUAGAAACCACUUAGAAUCAGUACUAUCGUGUUCACAUAUACUUAUUUUUUAAAUUUAACGAAGCAUAGUAUAUAUGAGUACAUUAGCUACAAGAUACUUUACACGAAAAGGUUUCACAGCAAUGUGUGAAUUAUUCUCUCUUUUUAAAAAAAAACAAAACAUUAUUUUUAUUUUUGAAUACAAAAAAAAUUUCCUCUUGAAACAAUACAUAAUAAAGUAGUGCAAAUUAUCCUUAUCUUCAAAUGUAUAUUGACAAGCGCAAUAUGUUGUGAUAAGUAUAAAAUAUUUAAUAAUCGUGAGAAUAAAUAAAUAUAUGCGUAUGUGUGUAAGUUUAAAUUAGUCCUCUAUUAAAUGGUGAUUUAAUAAUUAUUUUUUUUAUAUAAAAAAAUGUAUAGUAAUGGCCUAAUUUUAUGAUAUAAUUUUGUAUCUAUUAAUUUGUUUGAGGGAUUAUAUUAAGAAAAUAUUUUAAAACACAAAUCAAUAUCUGACAAAUUUCAAAUUUUUACGUUAAUAACGAGUUUGUAUGAAACUUGUUUCCUCUGAAAAAUAAAAAAUACUGAUACCGAUUUAUUCUUUUUAACCAUAUUAUAAGGCCCCGAAGUUUCCAUAUGUUGUUUAACGGGAUGUAAAAACUUAUUAAGCACUUGGCAUCAAUCUUGUUUUCUUCAAUGUCGCUAAUAUAUGUAAUAUCGCUUCUUUAUUUGUUAAGUUAUUGGAUU